AAAAGGGAGAGUUGUGCCUCUACCCCAUUUGUGUAGCUCCAAAGUAAUCGGCAGCAUCUGUAUGGCCGUAUAGGUUACCAGCCUUCACCACACCAAUUUAAAGUCAGAAAAAGACCCUUCUUCAACCACGCUUUCUUUUCCCUUUGCUUAUAACACUUUCCCCUCCAUUUUUUUUAUUUAUUUCUUGACUUCUCCAGUGGUCUUCAUCUCUCUUUGCUUCGCACUACAAGUCCUGGUACGAAUAUCUUUUUCUGUUUCCAAUUCCGGGUUAGUUCAAAGUGAUUUGCUUGUGUUUCAGAUUUCAUUAGAUUUGGUUCUUUGUUUUUUUAACGAUCCCACACCGGCCUGCGUAUUUGUUCUAAGUCUCUACAUGGAUAUUUGACCAGAAAAGGAUAUUUUGCUAUAUAUGUGUGCAGAAGGCGUAUAUAGAUAGAUAUUUCGUUUUCCUUAAUUCCCAAACCUUCCAAACGAACUUGGUCUUUGCCAAUCUUGAUAUCCCAGACUUUUUAUUUGGCUUCUUCUUCUCAAUAAACUCGGAGAAGGAUUGAGCUUCUCUGCAUAGGAGAACCCAUUCAAGUUCCCUGUAAAUAUUUAUUAUUAUAAUAUUCUCUCAUCUACAAUGAAGGGUCAGAAUCAAAACCCAUUAAACUUGUUUUCAAAACUCUUCAAUGCCCAACUCCACAUCCUCAAACUCCUCUUCUAUUUCCUGCUAUUUGGUGGUGGUUUAACCCUUGGAAUGGUACUUAGCUUUUAUAUGAAAGACAUUUCAAUUAGUUUGCAAUUAGCCCAAUUCUCCUUCUCAACCUCACAAUCUCCAUCCAAUCAACAUACCCUAAUGCCAAAUGUAAAAGCCUUCGAAGCCAAUGGGACCAAGCCUCACAUAGGAUUGAAGGAAUAUCUAAAGCCGCCUAAUGUUCUACACGACAUGGACGACCAAGAAUUGCUAUGGAGAGCUUCGAUGAUUCCUCGGAUUACUGAGUAUCCAUUCCGUCGAGUUCCCAAGGUUGCUUUCAUGUUCUUGACGAAGGGUCCUGUUCUGCUGGCCCCACUCUGGGAGAAGUUCUUCAAAGGGCAUCAGGGCUUGUACUCAAUUUAUGUGCACUCAAAUCCAUCUUACAAUGGAUCAUACCCCGAAAGUCCUGUUUUCCGUGACAGGAGAAUUCCUAGCCGGGAAGUAGGAUGGGGAAAUGUCAACAUGAUUGAGGCCGAGCGCCGCCUAUUGGCAAAUGCUCUUCUUGACAUCUCAAACGAACGUUUUGUUCUGCUCUCAGAAUCCUGCAUCCCCCUCCACAACUUCUCCACUGUCUACUCUUACCUCGUACACUCCCGCGAAAGUUUUGUACAGGUCUAUGAUGAUCCAAGCUCUGUCGGACGGGGCCGGUAUAAUUCCCAUAUGUACCCAAAAAUCUCAUUGAGCCAAUGGAGGAAAGGAUCACAGUGGUUUGAGAUGCACAGACGCCAUGCCAUUGAUAUUGUCUCAGAUAAAAAAUACUUCCCAGCUUUCCAAAAGUACUGCAGGGGCUCAUGCUAUGCAGACGAGCAUUAUCUGCCAACAUUUGCGAACAUCAACUUUGGGGCAAAGAAUUCGAAUAGGAGUUUGACCUGGGUUGACUGGUCCAGGGGUGGCCCCCACCCUGCCAAGUUCACAAGAACUGAUGUCACCGUUGAGGUUUUGAGUAGAUUGAGGAAUGGGACUGCGUGUGUAUAUAAUGGAAAGAGCACCAACGUUUGUUUCUUGUUUGCUAGGAAGUUUGGUCCUGAUACUUUGGAAAGGCUGCUGAGGUUUGCUCCAAAGCUCAUGCGCUUCAACAGAUAAAAAAAAAAGAAGAAAAAAAGAAAUCCAUGGGUUAAUUUAUUCAUUUUUGGAUCGAUCAAGUGUAGACUGUAGGGUAUAAAAUGAAAAUUUAUUACAAGCUUUUUUCUUUUCAA